AUGGUCAGAAAUGACUUAGCUGGCGAUUCUAGAGGUGGACAUGUACCUCCACACAUAAAAGUAUUGUGUGCAAUAAGAACUUGGGCACGUCGAGAAAUUCAAGAUGAUGCUGCAGAUAUUAUUGGUAUCAGCCAGCCAACAGUUUCGCUUGUCUGUAAACAAGUUGCUUUAGCUCUGGUAGUACACAGAGCUCAGUGGAUUAAAAUGCCACAAAAUGAUCUGGAGCAAAAUAGAGUGAUUGCUGGAUUUUAUGGAAUAUGUGGGUUUAGGCAAGUGGUUGGAGCUAUUGACUGCACCCAUAUUCGAAUUCCAAAAGUGGGUGGAAACAUUGGGCAAUAUUACAUAAACAGAAAAGGAUACAGUUCAAUAAAUGUACAAGUUGUGGCCAAUGCUAAUUUGGAAAUUAUGGACAUAGUAGCUCACUGGAGAGGCAGCACUCAUGACUCCAGAAUAUUCAAUGAGUGCAGAUUAAAACGUAGGUUCGAGCAGUCAGAAUUCAAAGGAAGACUAUUGGGAGAUUCAGCGCUGGCAAUACUUAACAAUAUUGCCAUCCACCACCGGGAUAUGAUUGAAAAUAUUGACCAACCAGGAAAUGAAGACAUACUAGUAAUACCUGCAAUUAAUAAUAACAUUAGAGGAAAUGCAGCUAGAGCUGCAUUUAUUAAUGAUAAUUUUUAG